AUGCAUUCUACAGAGGCGCCUACCAUUAUACACAACGAAAAUACUCAGCUUGAACCAGGAUGGAAGACGGCGAAGCAAGUAGAUGGCGACACUGCCAUGGCUUUGUUUAACGAUCCAGACGAGCUUCAUGAAGAGGUAGAUCCAGCGGAGGCGAGAAGAGUGUUGUGGAAGAUCGAUAUGAUGAUUCUUCCGUACCUUGCCGUCUGCUAUGCAUUUUUCUACAUUGAUAAGACGACUCUGAGCUAUGCAGCUAUCUUCGGCAUCGUGGAUGACCUCAAGCUCCAUGGAACGCAGUAUAGCUGGCUCAGCAGUAUAUUCUACUUUGGUUUCCUGGCCUGGGCUUUCCCUACAAACUUUCUCCUGCAGCGUCUGCCAAUCGGGAAGUACCUGGGUGCCAAUAUCUUCAUGUGGGGAGUCUUCCUCAUGAUCCAGGCAGCAUGCCACAACUUCACCACCCUAGCUGUUCUUCGAGCGUUAGGAGGCGCGGCAGAAGCCUGUGCCGACCCUGCCUUUAUGUUGAUUACCAGCAUGUUUUACACAAGAAAAGAGCAGCCUGUCCGAAUUGGCCUGUGGUAUACCGCGAAUGGCUUUGGUAUUGCACUUGGUGGGCUGUUGGGUUAUGGGAUUGGGCAUCUUAAAGGUGCGCUUCCAUCUUGGAAGUACGAAUUCCUCGUCAUCGGCGCCCUUUGCUCCACCUGGGGCAUAGUCAUGUUCAUCUUCCUUCCUGAUUCGCCCGUCUCUGCACCAGGUCUUACCCCCAGGGAACGACGAGUUGCCGUUGAACGGUUAAGAGAGAACCAGACAGGUGUUGAGAACAAGCAUCUCAAGCCAUACCAAGUUCUAGAGGCGUUCAAGGACUACAAGCUUUACAUUUUCUUUAUGCUAGGCUGUGUUUGCAACAUCCCCAACGGCGGUAUCUCAAACUUCGGCACGUUGAUCAUCAAGGGCUUCGGCUUUUCAACCCUGGUCACCACCCUGAUGCAGAUCCCCUACGGCGUCCUCAUCGCACUCUCCAUCCUUCUCUGCGUCUAUCUCAAUGACCGCUUCGAGAACCGCCGCUGCAUCUUCAUCCUGUUAUUCCUGCUCCCCAAUAUUGCCGGCGCCUUUGGCCUGCGCUUUGUCCCGCUAGACCAAAAAGUUGGCCGGCUGAUCUGCUACUACCUCACGGGUCCGUACAACGCAGCCUUUGUCUUGAUUCUGAGCAUGCAGAUCGCGAAUACUGCAGGACAUACGAAGAAGGUCGUCACAAACGCAGUCCUCUUUCUGGGCUACUGUACUGGGAACAUUGCGGGUCCCUUUUUCUACAAGACGAAUCAGAAACCAACCUACUCCCUCGGCAUCUGGUCCAUGAUCGUCUCGCAUCUGAUCGAGGUCGUUCUCAUCUCCGCUCUUGGCCUUCUUCUCCGGUGGGAGAACAAGAAGAGGGAUCGGAUCCAGUCGCAGAUGCAGGGUGGACUCGAGGGGCGAGAUCUGGAUUCCACUGCGUUUUUGGAUUUGACGGAUCGGGAGAAUCUCAAGUAUGUCUUUCAUUCUUGA